AUGUUUUCAAUUGAAAUACAAUUAGAUUCGCAAGUCGAGAGUCGACUCUUGGAGAAUAUUAAACAUUGUAAACCAUACUUUAAACGAGUUUUAAAACACGUUGAUUUACUUCGGAAUCACAAGAAAACUAUUUUAGACACACUCCAUCAUUACAACAACAACCACAGUGUGACAUAUCCGAAUUCAUUGAUCGAUCAAAGCAAUACCAUGUUGAGCCAGCAUCAACAACAUUCACUCUCGGACGGAAAGAAGAAAAAGAAGAAGAACAAAAAGAGUACGGCUACGAUCACGAGUAAUGGUUCCAGUGAUCAUCACCACUCUUGCAUGGAAGAUCAUCACUCAAAUAUUGGAUCACAACAUCAUCUUCUCUCAAAAGAGGAAGAACUCAUUGAAGAUUAUUUCACUCCGAAACACGUCUUCUUUUCAUCGGGAAAUCCAAGUGUUGAAAUUAUCACUGGAAUCAUCAAAUUGUACAAACAUGGAACACCAAGAAGUUUUACAAAUGCAGUGAAUGAUAAUUUAAUUUUGGAUGAUGAAUUAUAUAGUAGUAAUAAUACAGAGAAGAAAACAUCAGCUCUACUACAACCAACUUCAAAUACAACCAUUCAUACUCCAUUAUUGAACGGCAUGAUGGAUGCAACCCUUUCCGUACCUUCUACUUCUCUUCCCUCUUUGGGCCUUCAUCUCAAUCACUCGAAUAACACUUCAACUAUUUCAUCUAAUUUUUCAUCCAUUUCGGAAGAAGAAGGUCGAGGAGAGGAUGAACUAUUCUCAACUCGAGAUGAGAGUCUACCAGAACAACGAAGUACUUUGGUUUGUGUGUUGGCAGUACCUUCCUUUAUAUCAACGACAGACUUUUUUGAAUUUAUUGAUUGUUUUAAAUCGAAUAUUCUGAAAACAAGAAUACUCAGAGAUGAGUCCCCAAAUAAGUAUAUGGUUAUACUGCAGUUUGAUGAUCAGAAAAAUGCAGAUUCUUUCUUUUUGCAAUAUAAUGGAAGACCAUUUAAUUCAUUAGAUCCUGAAGAUUGUAAAAUAGUAUUUGUAAAAAGUGUUGAAUUUACCAAUAGACCUUCAAUGAUUGGAAAACAUUUAGAGAGUACUUCACAAAGUACAGUGACUGAUAUUUUCAACAUUGGAAGCUGUAACGAUCCUCAACUUGACACUCAUGAAUUUAGUAAUAACACUACUCAUGAAACUAGCAUUAACACUACUCAUGAAUCGAGUAAUAACACUACUCAUGAAUCUAGUAAUGAAGAUAAGAGAUAUGAAUUACCAACAUGCCCUGUUUGUCUGGAUCGACUUGAUUCAGGUGCUAGUGGUAUUAUUACCACUGUAUGCAAUCAUCAAUUUCACUGUGAUUGUCUGACUAAAUGGGGAGACGGAAAUUGUCCAGUAUGUCGAUACACAGAUCAAAUGAAAACAGAAUUACAAUGUGCAGAGUGUGCAUGUACAUCCAAUUUAUGGGUAUGCCUCACUUGUGGAUUUGUUGGAUGUGGUAGAUAUGAAAAAGGGCAUGCUAUGGAACAUUAUCUCCAAACGAAUCAUACGUAUUCAAUGGAAGCUGACUCUCAACGUGUUUGGGAUUACACUGGAGAUGGAUAUGUUCAUCGGCUAGUUGCAGGAAAUACAGAAGGAAAAUUAAUUGAAAUUUCACAUCCAAAUCAGAAGGAAGCAAUUAGAGAAGCUAGUGAAAUGUUGGAGGCUCAAUACAACUCCAAGUUGGAUUCGUUCUUGAUGGAAUAUAAUCAAUUACUGACGCAACAGUUAACGAGCCAGAGGGUGUAUUUUGAGUCUAGGAUCUCUGCAAUUGCAUGUGAAAAAGACAAGCAAAUAGAAAGCCUACUGAAUGAAUUACAAAUGUAUCGCCAAAAUACUCAAAAGAUGAACAACAAAGUACAAAAAACACAGAAAAAGGUUGAGAAAGAAAAGGAAGAGACAGACUUUCUCAAAGAGUUGAACAAAACCCUCAUUAACAAUCAAAAGCAAUAUGAAAUUAAGAUUGAAAAACUUGAAGAGUUGCACAAAAAGAUGAUGGAAAAGAAAGAUGCUCAGAUAAAAGACCUCCAAGAACAGCUGCAAGAUAUGAUGAUGCAUUUCCAAACCCAAGAGCAACUCGACAAGAAUCCAGAAAUGAAAAACGCAACCAUUAGGGCCAUUGGAGGAGAACCUUCAGCCACAAAUUCUUCAAACAAAACCAAAAAGAAGAAGAAAUAA